GGAGUAAACGUCGAACGAGCUAUAAACGAAAUUUUACAAAAUAUGGCGAAACAAGUAAAAAUGGUAUUAAUAGAUCUUAGUGGAACACUGCACAUUGAUAAUUCGGUUAUUCCAGGUGCAGUAGAAGCUUUAAACAGGCUCAGAAGCGCUAAUAUACCGCUUAAAUUUGUUACAAACACAACAAAAGAAUCGGGUAACUUUCUCUAUAACCGAUUGGCAAAACUCGGUUUCAACAUUAAGAGGGAAGAAAUUUUUAGUUCCUUAGCUGCAGCAAGAAAACUAAUCAUUUCACGUAAAUUAAAUCCAAUGUUAUUCAUCGAUCCGGCGGCUAAUGAAGAUUUUGAAGAUUUAAUAAAAAAUGAUGAUAAAAAGAAUGCUGUAGUAAUAGGCUUGGCACCAGCCAAAUUCAAUUACGAAGAAUUGACAAAAGCAUUCAGGUUAUUAUUAGAUGGCGCAUCGCUCAUAGCUAUUCAUAAAGCACGAUAUUAUAAAAGGUCGGAUGGUUUAGCGCUUGGACCAGGUGCCUUUAUUGCUGGUUUGGAAUAUUCUGCCAAUGUCAAUGCAGAAAUUGUUGGAAAACCAACUGCGGAGUUCUUCAAAGCCGCUUUGGGAGAUGUGCCUCCGGAAGAAGCAAUUAUGAUUGGCGAUGACGUUAAAGAUGAUGUAGCCGGCGCCCAAGCUAUCGGUAUCAAAGGAUUUUUGGUACAGACUGGAAAAUAUCGAGACGGAGAUGAGAAUACAAUAAUACCACCGCCUACGAAAGUAUGCAGCUCUUUCAUUCAAGCUGUAGAGUUUAUUCUUGAAAAAGAAAUUUAAAUAUGACUUUGUAACAGUAAAACAGUAGUGUUAUGCAUAUGUAUAUAUAUAUAUAUAUAUAUAUUUACAUAAGUUAUUCUGUAUUAAAUUAAAUAUUUUAUUUAAAUAUUAAUAAUUCCGUAAUGGUGUGUACAUGAUCUGGAGUAGUUUCACAAUAUAAAGAAGACUAUAAUUAUAAAGAAACCCAUA